ACAUUGAUUUCAAGGAUGUAAUAGCAACAAGGUUUAGGUGUAUUUUCAGGCUAUUGGUAGCAUUAGUAGGAAAGCAGAAAGUUUUCUGAGCUAAUUCAUAAAUGAAACACAUGCCUUUAGAAGAUGAGAUAAAUUGCAAAGGUAUUAUUCUAGAGAAUGAUGAAAGGGCACAUGCAUUGCCCCAUUGCCCUCUAUGGUAUUCAUGGUAUAUGAUGGAGCUUUAUGAAGAUAGUCUUUACUUUUAAUUUUAGCCUAAGAUCAUCGAUGUAUAUAGGUGCAACACUAGACAAGUUGGAAAAGCAAGAGUGGUGAGAGGAGAGUAUAGGGGCUGUUAUUUUCAUCUUUGUCAACUAACUUUGAAGGGAAAGUAUAAUCAUGGAUUCAAAGAGGUAUGCCAGUGUUGUUGCAGCCUUGAAAGCCUUUGAGGACACGCACUAUAACCAUCGAUCCUUUGGCCGACCACCAAUUUUUCAAAAUUAUGACAGUCUCUACUACACUAUUUAACCCCCAAAAGAACAAUAUAGUUCUUCAAUGGGAGAAAAUGGCUACUUAUAUUCUUCAAUGCUUCUGGGGUCUAUCCCUUGCAAGUUCACUUUCUUUCGUUCACACAACGUCCACAUCUCAUGUUUACAUAGUUUAUUUAGGGAUCAACCAAUUUCAUGACCCCAUCCUUACUUCCAAGUUUCAUAUUCAAAUUCUCUCUGAUGUGUUUUCCAGUGAAGAAGAUGCCAAGCAGUCCAUCCUCUAUAGCUACAGCAAUAGUUUCUCGGGCUUUUCAGCAAAGCUCAGUUCAUCUCAAGCAACUACCUUAGCUAGGAUGGACAAAGUAGUAUCAGUCUUCCGGAGCAAGACAUUAAAGUUGCACACAACAAGAAGCUGGGAUUUUCUUGGCCUAACUCUCGAUGAAACUCAAGUUAUUCCCAUGCAGUUCUCUUACGGCCAUGAUAUAGUUGUUGGGAUCUUGGAUACAGGCAUAUGGCCAGAAUCAGAAAGUUUCCAAGAAAAACCUGGCAUGGAACCAAUUCCAUCAUCUUGGAAAGGAGUAUGCGUUGAAGGAGAAGAGUUUGAACCUGCAAUUGCGUGUAACCGCAAAUUAAUUGGUGCACGUUACUAUCUCAAAGGGUUUGAACGAGAGUAUGGGCCUCUGAACAUGAGCGGUAACCCUGAAUAUAGAUCAGCGAGAGACUUUCUUGGUCAUGGAACGCACACCGCUUCCACAGCAGCUGGGUCUACAGUAAAAAAUGCAAGCUUCUUUGGCAUUGCCCAAGGCACUGCUAGAGGUGGAGCACCUCGGGCUAGGGUUGCAGUGUACAAAGUAUGCUGGGGCAUGAGUUUUGAUGGGAUCUGCACUGAAGCUGAUAUCUUAGCAGCUUUUGACGACGCUUUGCAUGACAGGGUUCAUGUAAUCUCAGCCUCCUUCGGUGUAACACCUCCUUUGUCUCCAUUCUUCGCAUCAAGUGCGGAUAUCGGCUCAUUUCAUGCAAUGCAACUUGGUAUUACCGUAGUAUUCUCUGCAGGAAAUGAUGGUCCGGAGCCAUCUCUAGUCCAAAAUGUUGCACCGUGGUCCCUUUGCGUAGCUGCUUCAACUAUUGAUCGAAGUUUUCCAACUGAAAUAGUCCUUGACAGAAACUUCUCCAUAACGGGACAAAGCAUAAUCAGCAAAGAAAUCAAAGGAAAACUGGUGAAUGCAGUCAGUUACUUUUUUGAUGGACUGUGCAGCUUGGGGAAUUGGAGACAAAGAGCAGCUACUGGGAGAAUAGUCCUAUGCUUUUACACUCCAGGACUAGUGUACGAAAUAGCACAAGCAGCUGUCAAGAGAGCAAACGGACUGGGUCUGAUAUUUGCAGAACCCUUUACCAAGCCGAUCGCGGAUGUUGACGAUUUUAUCCCUACGCUGCACGUUGACAUCAAUCAGGGGACUAUAAUAAAAAACUAUCUAGCGGAAUCCCCCAAGCUACCUGUAGUUCAGAUAUCACCGAGUAAAACAGUCAUUGGAAAGUCACCUGCACCGACUGUCGUGUACUUCUCUUCUAGAGGGCCAAGCACAAUAUCACCCGACAUUCUCAAGCCAGACAUCACUGGUCCAGGAAUCAAUAUAUUAGCAGCAUGGCCUCCACAAACUCCUCCAACUUUGCAGCCGUUUGACAACCGCUCGGUGCGGUGGAAUUUUCAGUCGGGAACAUCGAUGUCUUGCCCUCACGUUUCGGGAGUCGUCGCACUUGUCAAAUCUGCCCAUCCAGAGUGGUCACCAGCUGCCAUUAGAUCUGCUAUCAUGACCACAGCUUAUACGAGAGACACAACACAUGACAGCAUUCUCGCCGGUGGGUCAAUGGCCGGUUCGACGCCUUUCGAGAUGGGUGCAGGCCAAAUAAAUCCACUAAAAGCACUUGAUCCAGGACUUAUUUACGACAUGAACACCAGUGAUUACAUUCCCUUCCUCUGCAACAUGGGAUACACCGAACAACGAAUAAACAUGAUCGUUCUCCCCUCUCCCGGAGUCGACACCAGCUGCCGGAACGUGCACGAAACAAACGCAAAUCUUAAUUAUCCAUCCAUUAGCAUUCCAAAUCUCCAAUCCCCCAUCACCGUCAAAAGGACCGUAAGAAUCGUGGGAGGGCGGAAGACGGCGGUUUAUUUCGGCGCGGCCAAGGAACCCGAUGGAGUGGAAGUGGUGAUUUGGCCAAGGGUGUUGAUUUUUUCGCAUUCGAAGCGAGAAAUGUCUUAUUACAUCACGUUGAAGCCAUUGAAGAAGUCUGAAGGAAGAUAUGAUUUAGGUGAAAUAGUUUGGUCAGAUGGUUUCCAUUAUGUUAGAAGUCCGAUGGUCGUCCUCGUCAAUAACUCCGGAGAUGAUUUCACAGUUCGGUCUGCCAUUUAA